CAAGUUAACAACAUGGCAAUCACCCCCGACAGACAUUUAUUAGCCGCAGCAGGUAAUAUGUACAUGCUUCUGACAUCCGUAAAUUGACUUUUCCUAUAAAAUUUUGUGAUAAUUAUAAACUAUGCUUUAUUUUACACAGGAUAUCAACAUAUUAAAAUGUAUGACAUUAAAUCAAAUAAUGCAAACCCUGUAAGUACCUUUCAAAAUGAUAUAUUAAAUUAAUUGGGCUACUGCAAUUUACAGGUAGGGUUAAAUCAGCUAUUUGUGAAACCCAAUUAACAUCUGCACAAACAGCAAAACAACCAUAUAAAAUUUUAAAAUUGCUCAAUUUAAGAUUGUAAAUUAUGAUGGCAUAUCAAAGAACAUCACAUCAGUGGGUUUUCACGAGGACGGAAAAUGGAUGUUCACAGGUGGUGAGGAUAGCUCGGCAAGGAUCUGGGAUCUCCGGUCAAGAAACUUGCAAUGUCAGCGUGUUUAUCAAGUGAAAGCUGCCGUGAACUGUGUCAUUCUCCACCCAAAUCAGGUAAGACCUUCAGUUACAUUCACAAAACUUUGAAUAGGGAUGAUGGUAGGCCAUCUAACAUAGGAGUCUGGCAAUGACAUCAUCCCUUUGGUAUAUAAUGUUGGCUUAUCCCACAUGAAGACACUAGACUGAGUGUUGAAAUGUUGGGUAAAUAAUACAACUUGCUAGAGAUUACAUUCAUCUACUUAUUAAUUAGCAAGAGAAAUGCAACAUAUCUGAUCUAAUGUCUUCUUGCAGCUAAUUUUUUCAUUUUGUAAUUAUUUUCUAAGACAAUUCUUAUUUUAGAGUGAGCUUAUUGUUGGUGACCACAGCGGGGCGAUACAUGUCUGGGAUUUAAGGACAGAUCGUAAUGAACAACUAGUAAGUCUUUCCUUUUCUAUUUUCAUCAUUUUAUAGCUAUCCUGUUGACCUUUCUGACUAUUGCUUUCUGCUGCUCUCAAUAUUUCAUUAUAUUCUGGUUAUUUCUUGGAAAUUCCAGUAGCUUCCUCAGUUCAAUUGGUUCAAGUCUUUGCUGGUCAUCUUCUCUUCUUUUACCAUGUAAUGGUUUCCAAAGAAUAAGCUGACUGAGAACUUUUUAUUGCUUCUUAUAUAGUAUCACUAUUAAAAGUCUAAACUUACUCCUUUCUUUAUAUUUCUUCAGAUUCCUGAAGCAGAGGCAGCUGUACUAUCGUUAAGUAUUAACCAAGAUGCAACGUACAUGGCAGCCAUUAAUAACCAGGUGAUUAGUCUCCCACUACGCUCGUGUUCCAAGAUCCGCCAUGUAAAGUGUAGUGAAAUGUAUCUCAUCGUAAUAUUAAAUCCUAAAAAAACUAAAGCCUCUGCGGAGGAGAGAGAGUCUCCCACAUGUUUCCAACCAAAAAGUAUGGAGUGUAUUUGCAAAAGAGUAACAUUGUGAUUCUCUUCUUGUUCAUGAUGUACUACAGGGAAACUGUUACAUUUGGAGCUUAUCGUCAGGUACGACGACUGAACCGACAGUUUUAAGACCAAGAACGAAGUUGAUGAAAGCUCAUGAAAAAGCUGGUUUGAAAUGUCUCUUCAGUCCAGACUCUUGGUAAGAGAAUAGCACGUUUGUUAUAGGGUUUAGAAGGUAAUGGUUUAAGUAGGCAGUGAGCUUGCAGCUGAGAACUGGAUUAAUUGUAAUGGACACAGCUCAAACGUGAAUUGAAAUCUUACUAGGGCAUCUCAGAGUACCACCAUACCGCCCACGUCUGAUCACAUGGGUAUGGCAAGGGUUAGAUUUUGGCAAGGGAGAAAAACUGGAGUAUACCCAGAAAAAAACCUCGAAGCACAGAAGAGAACCAAUUCUAACUUUCUACCUUUGCUCUACAGGGAUUUGAGGAGUGUUUUGAUUCUAUCACAGAAUCGUCCUCAGAUUUUAAAAAAAUAUUUUCAUAUUAAUUCUAACACUGCAGAGGCAACGAAAAACUCGUUUCCAGCGUGAUUCAAACUCGUACCUCACAGCUCUACCCAUUAACAAUCAAGUCAACGUGGAAUUAAGCGAUCUUAUCCGAUUUUAAUAUCCAUCAUUCUUCUCAGUUUAUUAGCAACCACCUCAGCAGAUCAAAGUAUAAAGAUAUGGCAGACAAGCGACUUUACAUUAAAAUCGACAUUAAAAGAAGAACCACAACAACGUUGGGUAUGGGAUUGUGCUUUCUCUGAAGACUCACAAUAUCUUGUCGCAGGUAAGGAAUGAAGUCGACGUGAAAUGGCAUGAAGUAUUCCGUACAUGUUGUUUGCAGGUACAAGUGUUGUCUUCGAGAGUAGGAAAUGUUAUUAAUUCCAUAGUUUUAAGUGGAAUAGGAAGUCAGAAAAUGCAGAUAUAAUAUCAUCAACUUGAGAGAUGACACGAGGAGGUAUAAAGAAAGUAUAUUGAGUGUAGGGUUUUAAGUAUCCGCAUUUGUCUUUUCAAAAGAGAAUUCUGUUGGACGCCUUCAAGGACUUCCUCGGGGUAUUGCCUUGUUGUCAAAUCCCUACAGAAAUUGUAAUUCUUCCCAACUUAACUAACCAUCAGAGAAUCGUCCUCAAAGAUAUGAAAGCUGUCUUCUUUGCAAUUGUUUUGCAGUGUCUUCAGAGGGCAUCGCUCGACUCUGGAGUUUGGAACAGGAGAAAGUAGUCCGCAAAUAUCAAGGACAUCAGAAGGCGCUCGUAUCUCUUGCUUUCCGAGACGUACAAGUCUAAUUCUAGGAAUUAUCCAGUGUUUUCUAGAAAUAUUCUAGGAACAAAAGCAGUCCUGAUUUCCUGAACUGGCGAAAAUCUAAGAACUAAGAAGUGUUUAGCAAAAAUUUAAACUUUCGUCAAAAUCGGUGAAGUCUGAAGGGAAUGGACAUUGUUUCAAAUAAUUAACUGGUUUUUCCUCAAAAGUGUAAUAUAGUAACUUGUGUAUUAAUUUUUUUCAGUAAGUGUUUCUACCAAAUCUGAACACUACUUAUAAUUAACUGUCUUGUAACCCAACUCAAAUUUUAGUAGUAUUUUCUGAUGUAUUUAAGUGAAAGUAGAAAUUUUCGGCUCUCUGCCAAAGGACAUGAAAAUAAAGCUACAGACUAGAUUAAAAAUUAUUUUUAAUGUUUGCCUUUUUCUUGAAAUAAAUAAUAAAACUGUACAAUUAUUUAGCUUUUUACACAUUUUUUUCUUUUUGUAAAUAAAUAUAAACAAAAAAUAUCGGUAAAUAUAUCUAUUCAUCGAACAACGUGCAAAAAGGUUUUUCCAACAUUAAACCCACCACCCCGUAAACAUGGAGAAAGAAUUAGUUAUAACUUAAACAAAAUCACGAAUGAAAAAAAAAAUUACAAAAUUUUGGUGGAAAUAAAAAAGACCGUGGAUUGCAUCGUAAGUAAUAUUUCCGCGACUUCACGGUGAUAUUUCUUGGAACGGAUAGAUUUCACGCUUACAUUUCUUUUUUUUUUUAAACUUUCGCUUUCAUUCGAUAGUUUAAUAGCGCAUGGUGCACCGUUACUACCCCCGCUCUGUAACGAACGUAAUAUUUCCAGUGAUUGACAUAUUUUUCACGUGUUUUUUCUCAACGCCUCGAUUCCAUGCUCUUCUUUGUGUUGUUUUUAUUCGGUAACGUGAUAACGAACGGCGUACUGCUGCUACCCGCUGCCAUGCAAUGAACAUCAUCUUUUCUUCAAAACAUUCCGAUGUCACGCUCUUCCCUUGUCGCCUUCAUUUGGCAGCGUAAUAGCACACGGUGAACUGUAGCUUCCCGCUCUGCCGUGGAUAUCUAUUGCCCUAACAGCAAAAUAGUACAUACUGCCUGAUACAAACUGUGUUAGCGUACAGGCCAUAGGCAAUGGUAGUGCUUUCACUAUACCAAGUUUCUUCCACAGAGAAGGCGAGUUGGCCAUCUGGCCAUUAUUUUGGUAUGCAAAAAGUUGGUAAGAGUCGAUAGGUGCACACCCUUCGGGGAUUGUCAUGUUCCAGGAUAAGACAAUACCAUUCGAAGCACCGGAGAUUGAAACAGUUGGCGUGGGUGGGGUCAGAUCUCGCACGAUUCCAUUUGUUUGCGAGGGUGAGGAUUGAGGAGGUAGUGGGGGCACGUUGGGGUGGCGAGGCGGAGCUGCUGUAGCUUGGGCACGGGGGUCAUUUCCAGGGGUAUUUUGUGGGUAAGGGGGACGCUGUUGACGCAUAACAUGGUGAGUCUGAUAGCGUGGAGAACUGUUCACCUGUGGACGCAUACUGGGUUGGGCACGGACCAAAGGAGGGGGGCCUGCCGGUGUCCCCACCAUUCCACCAGAGGGAGCACCUUGCCUGACUGCAUAGUGACGUACACCAUUCACUUGGGCUGGAUUCGUUGCUGAACCUGGAUGGUAUGAAACCUGAAAAAAUAACGC